AUGCCUAACCUGUACGAAAAGUAUGUACUGCCCCGACUGAUCGACGCGGCCUGUUCGCAGCCACCCAUGUCCAAGCUGCGCAAUCGGUAUGUUAGCCAGGCCACCGGUGAGGUGCUUGAGAUUGGGAUCGGCAGUGGGUUGAACCUUGCUCAUUAUGGCGAAGGGGUUACCUCUAUUACCGGCGUUGAUCCUGCGGCGGAGUUAACCGCGAAAGCGGCUGAGCGCGCGGAUGCGCUAUCGGUGCCGGUAUCGGUGCUGGGCAUUUCCGGGGAAGCUCUGGAUCUGGACAAUAAUUCUUUUGACACCAUUGUCUGUACCUGGACCUUAUGCAGUAUCCCUAAUCCAUACCGCGCAGUGGCAGAGAUGUAUCGUGUGUUAAAACCGGGUGGCCAGAUGAUCUUUGUUGAACAUGGCCGUUCUGAUGAACCUAAAGUGGUGAAAUGGCAGCGUCGCAUUGAACCCAUCUGGAAGAAGAUAGGCGGCGGCUGUCAUUUGACCCGCCGACCUGAAGAGUUGCUGGUGGAUGCGGGAUUCAAAAUAUCUGCGCAGGAAAGGGGCUAUGUUGACGGUCCUAAAUUUGCCGCGUUCAUGAUCCACGGUCUGGCAGUUUGGAGCGUCAUCAUAGGUAUGAGCGUAUUCCAUCUGGCCUGCCUGGGCGCAUUUUAUACUGGGGUCAGUUGGGCGGCGUUUGCCGUCGCCUUCGCGAUGUACGUAUUCCGUGGCAUGGGUGUUACGACCGGCUUCCAUCGCCUGCUUGCACAUCGCUCAUUUAAAACCAGUAGGCCCGUACAGUUUCUGUUUGCGCUGGCGGGCAGUCUGGCGGUUCAAGGCGGGCCUUUAUGGUGGGUUGCGCAUCACCGUCAUCACCAUGCGGCCACUGAAACUGAAGAAGAUAUACAUUCACCUGUGACCCACGGUAUGUGGAAGGCGCAUAUGGGCUGGAUGAUGACGGAUGCGGCGUUUAACGAGAAAGGCACCAAUUCACGGGAUCUGCAUAAAUUCCCGGAGAUCAAAUUUCUGCAGCGCCAUUACGUCUGGUUGAUCAUUAUUCAGCCGGUGUUGAUGUACGCCCUGGGCGCCUGGCUGGGUGAGGCUUACAAUACUUCUGGUCUGCAAAUGGUGGUGUGGGGCUUUUUCAUCAGCACAGUCUUUACCUGGCAUGUCACGUUUAUGGUGAACUCAGUCUGUCACCGCUGGGGAUCUCGUCCCUAUGACGCAGGUGAUGCCAGCACCAAUAACGUGUUCAUCGGGGUGCUGGGUUUUGGUGAGGGAUGGCACAACAACCAUCACAAAUUCCCCAGUUCCGCACGUCAUGGUCUGGAAUGGUGGCAGGUUGAUGCCACCUGGGUGUUGAUUCGUAUGUUGCAGGCGGUGGGUCUGGUCAGUGACCCUAAAAUUCCGCUGGCUUUCCGUAAAGAUAAGCCGGAAAAGACCUCUAGCGAUUAG